AUGGCAAAAUGUGUUAUCGGAAUUGGUAUCGGUAUUCUUGUUUCAACUUGUCCAGUUUACUUGUCCGAAUUGAUGUCGCCAACCUUGAGAGGUAUUGGUUCCAUGGGAAUCAACUUCUCCAUUUGCUUUGGUCAGUGGAUUGGAUCGCUAAUUUAUUUCGGCUGUUCGAAGAAUUAUACGGGCAUUGACGAUUCAACAGGCUACAAAAUUGCCUUUGGAAUUCAAUAUUUUUUUGGUCUUGGUUAUCUCAUCCCAUAUUUGUUCAAUCCCGAUGAAGUUAACAUGGGGGCUAGGAUCAUGUUUGUUUGGACAGGUACCGGUGUGGUUUUGUUCGUUGUGAUGCUCUUCUUCUUACCAGAAACUAGAGGAAGAACUGCUAACGAGAUUGAGCAGUUGUUCGUGAACAAAGUGGGUGCUUUGAAAUUCAAGAGGGCUAAGUUUGAUGAAGAUGAUAAAUUAAUUAUGUCAUCAGUGGGGAAAGAGGUCAGUCAGGCAUAG